GCAUUGGAAGACCAUGGUUCAACAGAGGGCGCUGUUUAUGAGCAUCAAAAUUCAACAUGGCGCUUUGCAAAACAGCAUUGACUUUUCGAUCUGCACUUUCACGACAGCUACUUGGAUCCAAACAUACUUAUUCUGUUUGCAUAAAUGAUCUACCUAAACAUGCAAGGAGAACUUUUCUAUCGGAUGCAUACAAAGGAACCAGUGCUUGGAGAACUAGAAGACUCUUAGCUGUUAAUAUGGAUGAAUUGAAAAUCAUGCUGGAUGCCAAUUUCUUUGACUUAAAGAAACCAGUGUCAUCAAUUGACCUUCAUAAGUUUAUAGACAAUGUUUCUGAUGAACACCAAUUACAAUCAGCGGAGCAGUAUCUCUAUUGUCAUCGUCAUUCUCCAAUGACAAAUCAUUUGAGGGCAUCUACUGUUCACUGCUACAUUCGGACUUGCAUCGAUUUAGGAAUGUCAGAUAAAGCGCUCAAAGUUCUCCAAGACAAGACCAAUUACGGAUUAUUUCCUGACAAUUUCACAAACAACUUACUACUUGGUGACUACCUUCAAAGAGAAGACAUAAGAGGUGCAGCUACUGUUGCCAUGGAAAUGAUGAGACUUGAAACACUGACCAAUGACGAACAUCUAUCUCAGCUGUUAUCUCUUUAUGCGUGUCAUCAGUAUUUGAAAUCAGAGCAGAGUACACAGGAAGAAACACAUGACCUUGGUAUGACCUUUGCUGAUGCUACACGAGGUCAAACUAGUCUUCUCUCCAGGAGUUAUCACAUUAUUGGUCUUUCUAUGACUGGAAGAUUUAAGGAAGUUGUUCAAGUUUUACAAUCGGUAGUAGAUGGAAAUAAAAAACCAUGUGUAGUCAAUGAAGUGAUUGAAAGGUUGCAAAGUGAAAUGGAAAACCCAACAGAAGGGAAUCAGGAAACGAUCAGUAAUAUACAAGAUUUAUUAACGAGACUGCAAGCAGAAGAUAAAAUACUCUCCGAAUCUUUAGACAGUUUGAUCAUCUCCGAGACAUUGCCACUAAUCAAGGAGGUAGAGAAGGAUCAUUAUCAUCUUAAGAUAUAUCCAUUGAUGCUGGAAGAAUGGCAUCAGGAGCAUAUUGAGGCUGUUAAGAAUCAGAUUAAAGCAGCCCAAGAUCAUGAGAGAUUAAUUAAAGAACAGAAACUAGAGAAACUAUUAGAAGCAGUUGGUGGGAUCAAGUAUUGGACUGAGAAAGAGGAGAGAAGAAGACAAGAGGAAGCUAAGGAUGAUGAAAGGAUAAGAGAAUUGGAGACGGGUGACUUGCAAACUCAAGCAGAGAAACAGUGAGCCUUUUUUUACUGUACCGGUACUAAUGUACGUUCAGUUGUGUGUUUUAACACUGUUGCUUUGCUAUGAGCGUUAUGUUCCCUUGUAUUUUGAAGACGUGAGACCGCCGACCUGUUCUUUGACUAGUUUGCAAAAGCAGACUACACAACAGUUGUACUUUGUUUCGGUAACUCGCAAUGAAAAACCCACACUAUAUGUACACAAUAAAAAGGCACAUUAACAUUUGAGUGUUUGCCGGUAAAAACCCAUUCAGAUUUGAGUUUAGCAGGUAAAGAAAUAUACCAUACUGAGAAUUGACAGUCUCACAGUUGCAUUAGGCUUCUGGAACUGCAUUGUAAUAAAUUCGCUGAAACUCUUUUGGUGAAAUGUCAUUGUCCAUCUGAUCAACUAGAUUGGGUUAGUACAUUUCGUUUGGCCUUGAAUAUAAAGCAAACCAUACACAUGUAGCUCUUUGAUGUCAAUACAUGUCGUGUUUGGAAUGCUACAAUAUUUAAGAUGGUCCUAUGGGUUUACUGGAAGGUAAAACACGAACCCAUUAACAAUCACGUUCAAGGACAGGGGCGAUUUCCUGCCUUCAGACUGACUAAAGUGAAGUUACACAAGAUGGUGUGUUUAUGGAACUCACCUGUCCUGGUGUAUAUAGGCAUACGUGAAACCAUAAUGGUUAAAUCAACAUGUUGUAAUAUUUAUUUUAAACAAUUAAAUCAGGCAACUCUAUCGGCAGUUAUAACAUAAAAUUCGGUUGGGUUUAAAGGCAGUGGACACUAUUGGUAAUUACUCAAAAUAAUUUGUAACAUAAAACCUUUCUUGGUGACG